GAACUGUGAAUGGCGAACGGCGAAUGACUCACGAUCUCUGUGGCUCGCGACUCGACUUGUUGUCACGAUCCUCAUUCUCCGCUGUCUAAGCAGCGCCUCCUGAUUGCUCCAUCAUUGUGGCUACGAGGACUGCUCAGCCUGCAGAGCUGCAAAUCCCUCGGUAUCGUACUCUUGACGCUGAAUCACUGCCCGCGAGCUUAGCUGCUAGCAGCAACACUAGAUCCUUCCAUCUACGCAAGCGUUUCCACCUCCUGACUCCACUCGAGUCGCUGCUCAGCUCUUGAGGAUCAUCAUCACGCCUCAACUCAUCGCCAUGUCGUCAUACGGCGAUGCAGGCCCCAGCUAUCGUAGCACCGAUCGAGCGCCAUCCCCGUACGAUCCAGGUGCACCUGCACCUGCCUCUUCAUUAUCCGUCAUCCCACCCAGGGCGCCAAAGAAGGCUGGACUUCCCAAGCUUUCAUUGGCAGCACCUCGCCCAGCCGCAAGCAAAAAUGGCGGCGCUGCUUCGAAUGGUGGAGGUCUGGGAGGUCUGACAUUGUCCAUUCCCACCUCGAACGGCUUAUCGAGCUUGUCCAGUCAUGCCCCGGAAGAGGAGGAUGAAGCUCGAAUGGGCUUGCCUCCGUUCUUGGAUACGGAAGAUGGAUUGGCGCCCGGCUCGUACAGCACAGCAGCUCUGCAGACCAUCUACCCAACCACUGUUCCUCAUGCCGAGAAUUCUGCAGCGCUGACCAACGAUCUGAUCAGAGCAAUAGGGGGCGUCUCUCUAGACGCGACCCAGGGCAGCUCGAGCGGUGCGCCUAGCGGGACAGAUGGUAGGGAAGUCAUCGGUGCUGCACCUCACUCCUCAUCAGGCUUAGCGAUUCCGGUAUCGGGCAGCUCAAGACCAGCACAUCACCGUACCGCCAGCGCGACGAGCGUGACUAGUCAAACGAGCAGUAGUGGUUGCGUGACAGCUCCGGGCAUCGACGGCAGCGAGCCCGCAGAGUGGGUGUUGAAGGGCAAUCUUGUCGUCACUGGAAGGUUGGGUGAAGGCGCGAGCGGACAAGUCAGCAAGGCGCGUCACACGCCCACAGGUCUAGUCAUGGCUAUCAAGACGAUCAGCACGUCUCCAAAUCCUGCGAUUCAUCGACAAAUUCUUCGAGAACUGUCAUUCAAUCGUACAUGCCAUUCCGAGCAUAUUGUCCGCUACUAUGGCGCUUUCUUGUCGGAUGAGGAUACGAGCAUCGUCAUUUGCAUGGAGCAGUGCGAAGCCGGAAGCUUGGAUGGCAUAUACAAGAUGGUCAAGAAGAGGAACGGUCGGACAGGCGAGAAGGUGCUGGGCAAGGUCGCGGAAGCUGGACUGAAGGGCUUGGAGUAUUUGAGGCAGCGCAAAAUCAUCCAUAGAGACAUCAAGCCGUCCAACAUCCUCGUCACGCGUAGUGGCCAGUUCAAAUUGUGCGACUUUGGUGUGUCUGGAGAGCUGAUCAACUCGAUCGCAGGCACUUUUACGGGUACAAGCUAUUACAUGGCACCUGAGCGCAUCAAAGGUUUGCCGUACAGCAUCAACUCCGAUGUGUGGUCCCUAGGCUUGACCAUACUUGAAGUGGCUUCCAACCGCUUCCCUUUUCCUCCAGAAGGCGAAGCGCCGCUGGGUCCCAUCGAUCUGCUAUCGUACGUGCUCAGCAUGGCAACGCCAGAGCUACAAGAUGACGAGGUGGCCGGAAUCAAGUGGAGCAAAGCUUUGAAAGACUUUAUCGAUAGGUGUUUGGAAAAGGAUUCUGCGAAGCGUCCAGGACCCAACAAGAUGCUGGGACACCCUUUCAUCAAGAAGAGCGAGAGCAGGCAACCUCAGCCAGACAUUGCGAAGUUCGUCGCUGAUGUUUGGGGCUGGCCCUAUCCUCCUGCAGCUUCAGCGAGCGCAGCAGAAGGUGACACUUUCACUCCGACGGCUACAAAUGCGAGCGGGAAGACAGCUGCGCCGUCCUCGGCCACAGCUGUGGCUGCCGCUUUUGCUCGAUUGCCCAGCGUCAGGCGUGCACCUGGUGCACCGAGCAACCUUUCCCUCAAAACUGCGCCCAAUCCGCCUCAAUCACCGAGAGGUACAGUUCCAAAUACACCCACGGUCACUGCCUCUACACCUGUAGCCAUCGUGGACCCAGAAGGUAGAACGGCGGAGGAGAGAGCCGCUGCAAAGAUGAGGGAAGCGGACGUAGGUCUUGUAGGUAGCCCAACUUCUGAAUCCGCAUUUCCUUGAUUGGAGGCGCUCUCCGACGUGUGCGGGGGGCGCCUCUGUCUACUCCAUCAUCUGCAAUUUGCAAGUCGUG